AUGCUCUCUUUUUUUCUUCUUCCUUUGGUUCUACAGCCUAGUUCUUUUCUUAUCUGCUGCCUUGAGAGUGGACUCCUCACUUUUAAGCGGGAUUUAUUGAUAAAUAAUAUUCUUUUUAUUAUUCCUUUUCUAUAGAUCUAAACUUCAGAGAGAGAUUUUUAGUUGGUAUCUAUUGUGUUUUCUUCUUGUUGUUGUCUUAUAUGUGGCUUUGUUUAUGUAUGCAGACUGAUCUAUAUCGGUGAAUAUAGUGACAAUACUUCAGAGCUUUUGGAUCUCUCUUGCCACGAGGCUUUCUCAAAAAUCUUCAAUCCUUUCGUCUUUAUGCUUCAGUGUGGCCCAAAUCUGCUUUAGCAAUAUAAAGAGUGUCCUUCUAUUUCUGAGGUUGAGAUCCUCGGGAAUGUUUCACCGUCGCUUUUGGGCUAUUGAUUCUUAGGCGCGAAGAUGGCCGAUGAGUUCUUCUCUUCUUCUUUUUCCUUGGCCUAACAAAGUUUGGCUGGAUUUCCCUAUUUUUAGCUUCAACAGUCCUUAUGUGUCUGCUGGUUUCCUUUCAUGUCAUUGGUUGCAUGCAAUGGUUGUCUUGUGCUUCAGCUUAAUUUUUCUCUGUUUUCAGCGACCUCUUGACCUUAUUCAGGCUCUCACGUUUCCGGUGGCGGUGGUUCCAAAUUGUUGUUAUUCUCCUUGCAAGCUAGGGUUUUUGGUGGGCUUGGACUUGUUUAUUGUAGGCUAUGGGGUGAGGGUCUGAAUUUUAUAUUGUCUUAGCUUGGAGUGAGUUAGGCCUUUAAAGCCUUUUUCUGUUUGGAUUGUUUUUGCCUUUUAUCAAUAUAUAUUACCUUCUGACAAAAAAAAUGAUUUUAAUAAAAUUUCGGCGGAAAUAUGCUUGGUAACUGACACUAUAAUAUUCUAAAUUUCUAAUCAAUAUUUGACACGUGACAAACUCCACAUAAGAGUAUCCUCACCCGAUUUCCACUCUCCACUGCCGUGGCUCUCCACGCACCACAGGUCCACAGGUUCACUGAUUCGAUACUAAAGUAAUGGGCGCAAAAAGAUCCAAAAGAAAAACAAGAACAACACAUUUCCACUGCUUUAAACGCUGCUCCAAUUUCUGCCUCUAAUUUCCUUUUUCUUUCUUCUUCUCAAUUUAAUCACAACAAUUAAGCUAAGUAAAUUAAGAUUCUAAUCAUUUUCUAAAAUUGUCAAACGAAAUGGCUGCUGUAGCUGCUUCUCUUUCGUCUCCGGCGACGGCUGCUUGCUUUCUGCGCGGGUCGCCGAAGUCCAAAACGGCGGUGAAUAAGGGGAUGAAGCAAGAAGUGCCGGUUAUAGGGGAUUUCAGUCACUUUGGAAUUGCGGUCCGGAAGGAUUUCGAGUUCAUGAAGAAAGGAAUCGGUAAAGGAGUUGGUUGGGCAAACGAAACAUUCCGGCUUCCGCAGGUUUUUAAAGCCUUAGAUGAUGUUUUGUGGCUAAGGAAUCUUGAGGAUCCUCAAGCUCCUCCACUAGAGCCUCAGUCUUGGCCUCAACCUUCAUAUCCAGGACUUUCUGGAGUAGAUUUAUUCAUGGCUGAUCUCAAAGCCUUGGAAGCAUAUGCGAGUUAUUUCUACCAUGCAUCUAAGAUUUGGUCCAAGCCACUUCCUGAGGUCUACGAUCCCCAAGACAUUGCUGAUUAUUUCAGUUGCAGACCUCAUGUAGUGGCCCUUCGACUUCUCGAGGUGUUUUCAGCCUUUGCUUUUGUCACGAUCAAAAUUCGGACCUCAAGGAUCAAAAGGUCUCUAAGGACAAUUUCAAAUAAGGACAUAAAUGGAAACAUCUCACAGUAUGAUUUUGGACUGGUCUUAAAAGAAACAAUGCUAAGCUUGGGUCCCACUUUUAUCAAAGUUGGUCAAUCCCUUUCCACAAGACCAGACAUAAUUGGUACUGAAAUUUCCAAGGCGCUUUCUGAGCUGCAUGAUCAAAUCCCUCCUUUUCCUAGGACCAUGGCUAUGAAAAUUAUCGAGGAAGAGUUAGAUUCUCCCAUUAAAUCUCUCUUUAGCUACAUCUCUGAGGAACCUGUAGCUGCAGCAUCAUUCGGUCAGGUUUAUCGUGGAAACACUCUUGAUGGUCAUAAUGUUGCUGUGAAAGUUCAGCGUCCUAAUUUGCGCCAUGUCGUAGUUCGAGAUAUCUAUAUACUUCGCCUUGGGCUGGGUCUGUUGCAAAAGAUAGCAAAAAGAAAAAGUGACCUUCGCCUCUAUGCCGAUGAGCUUGGGAAAGGUUUAGUUGGAGAAUUGGAUUACUCUCUAGAGGCUGCCAAUGCCUCCAAGUUUCUGGAUGCUCAUUCAUCCUUUAGGUUUAUGCAUGUUCCAAAAGUGUAUCAUCAUUUAAGUCGAAAGAGAGUUCUGACAAUGGAGUGGGUGAUUGGUGAGAGCCCAACUAAUUUACUCUCUCUAUCUACUGGUGAUACUGUUGAUCAAGAUUCUGAAUAUUCAGAAAGGCAUAAAAUUGAAGCUAAAAGGAGACUUCUCGAUCUGGAAGAAAAAAAAUUCCAUUUUGGUCAGGUUAGCAAAGGAGUGGAAUCAUCACUGGUUCAGCUUCUUGAAACAGGCUUAUUGCAUGCUGAUCCCCAUCCAGGAAACUUGCGUUACACACCAUCAGGACAAAUAGGGUUUCUGGAUUUUGGUUUACUUUGCCAAAUGGAAAAGAAGCAUCAGUUUGCUAUGCUUGCAUCCAUAGUGCACAUAGUAAAUGGGGAUUGGGCAUCGCUUGUCCAUUCUCUUACAGAAAUGGAUGUCAUAAGGCCAGGGACUAACAUUCGGCGGGUCACAAUGGAACUGGAAAAUUCCUUGGGGGAGGUGGAAUUUAGGGAUGGAAUUCCUAAUGUCAAGUUCAGUAGGGUUCUGAGCAAAAUAUGGUCUGUAGCCCUCAAAUUUCACUUCCGCAUGCCACCAUACUACACGCUUGUUCUAAGAUCUCUUGCAUCCCUGGAAGGUCUGGCAGUGGCGGCAGAUCCGAACUUUAAGACAUUUGAAGCUGCAUACCCAUAUGUUGUCAGAAAACUACUCACUGAAAAUUCAGCUGAAACAAGGAAAAUUUUACAUUCGGCGAUCUUAAACAGAAGGAAAGAAUUCCGAUGGGACAGGCUUGCACUUUUCUUGAAAGUAGGAUCGACUAGGAAAGUCUUGAGUACAGAAACAGCAAUAAAGCAUGAAAGUUCCCUUGAUUAUUUAACAAAUAGAUCAUCCUCAGGUGUUUUUGAUGUUGCCCACUUAGUCUUGAUGCUUUUGCCAUCCAGAGAUGGUGUUGUUCUCAGGAAGCUUUUAAUGACUGCAGAUGGAGCUUCAUUAGUCCGAGCAAUGGUUUCCAAGGAGGCAGUUCAGUUUAGACAGCAACUUUGCAAGAUCAUUGCUGACCUACUAUAUCAAUGGACGGUUCAAACUCUUGGACUAGGCAUUACGGCAACCCAGUAUAGUUCCCAAGUAAGAUUGAUUAAUGAGCCUGACAACAGAGAGCUAGGUCCAUCUUCCAGACUGUCCAUGCCCCUAUACAAGUAUCAGUCCAUCUUUAGAGACCGGCGGCUCAAAGUGAUCUUUUACAGGAUAAUAAUUUCUGCAAGGAAAGAUCCAGUGCUGAUGCUAAAAUUCUGCUGGACUUCUUUUAUUAUGGUUGUUGCAGCUUCAGCGCUGGCUUGUCAUCGAGUUUUCGUCUCUUUGUCUGAAGUCUACAUCAGUCCUCUAUUACUUGCUCCCAAGAGAGCGGCAGUCGGCGCGUGAAAUCUGUACUUUCCCCUGGAUAACCUCUCUGGAUAAAGCUUAGAUGCAAAUACACACCUAGAUUGUAAUAUUCUGCAAUAGAGAAGAUUAAAUAGCGAGGAAUAGUUUACAGCUCGAGUUUGAUCGGAUCGAAUCAUGCUGGACUUUAUCUAACAUAUUUUUAGUACAGCAGUUCUAAGACGAGAUUCAAGUACAUGCAUUCCAAAAUUCUCUAAAAACAGCAAAUCAAAGGAUGUGCAGCAGGCUGUGGAAAGGUAUAUAUAGAACUGUAAAAAACUUUUCGCCAGAAUUAAAUCGAGGUCUUUUAGCUUGUAGUUCUGAUAUGGUGCAAGAGGCCAAGAGUUUAUAAAUGCCUGUGACUUUGUCUUAAUGUAAGCUGUAAAUUUUGAGCUGUGUAGAAAAAUUAACGGACAAUUUUUUAGUUAAAAUUAAGAAUGAAAAUUACAUGUUUUCUUAGA